AUGAACUCAAUAUUAAGAAGUAGAUGUUUAUCGGCAUGUCGUGUAUUUUCUACUUCAAGUGUAAGACAAUGUGCCGUACCACCAAAGAAACCGAAAAAGUUUAUUGGUCCUAUUACAUGGAAAUCAAUGGCCGUGACUGCUGUGGUCGGUGGUAGUUUGACUGCAUUCAUGAUGUAUGUUAGGAAAGAAAAAGAAGACGCUUUAGAACGCGAAAGGAAACGACAGCUUGGUAAAGCAAAGAUAGGAGGAACAUUUGAACUUGUGGAUCCAGAGGGUAAGGUUGUAAAAAGUACAGACUUAUUAGGGAAAUGGUUACUUAUAUACUUUGGAUUCACACAUUGCCCAGAUGUUUGUCCAGAUGAGUUAGAAAAGUUAGCUGAAGUAGUUAAUUUACAUGAUAACACUCCAUCGUCACCUCCUCUACAGCCUGUCUUUAUUUCUGUAGAUCCAAAACGAGACACUCCAGAAAUAGUUGGAAAGUACUGUAAAGAAUUUUCACCUCGUUUCCUUGGACUAACUGGAACUGAAGAGCAAGUACAAAAGGCGUGCAAAUCCUACCGAGUGUAUUUCAGCGCGGGACCCCGAGAUGUUGAUAAUGAUUACAUUGUGGACCACACAAUUAUUAUUUAUCUAGUAGAUCCAGAUGGAGAAUUUGUCGAUUACUAUGGUCAAAACAGAAGUGCAAAGGAAAUCCAUGACUCGAUGCUUGUUAAUAUCCAAAAAUAUGAGGCUUCAAAGAACAAGUCAUGGUUUUAG